GCGCACACAAUAUUUGUAUUUGAGGUUACAAUUUUGUAUAUAUUCUAUAUUCCACACAUUUAAAAUAAAACCAUAAAGUAAUAUAGUAGAAAUUUUCAAAAACAUUGUUAAAUUAAAAAUGUUGGCCUAAUUAUGUCUUAUGUUGAAACGAAUCAAGAGCGACAAGACAACGAAUUUCAAGUUUUACAGGCUAUAUUUGGAUCAGAUUUAGUUGAUUUACGUAAAAAAACAGCUUGGAAUCAAUGGACCCCAUUGGAAGUUCGUAUUACAUUAUUGCCGCAACAGGGCAGCUCAGGUCUACAAGAGAAUCACUCAAAAGUCGAUUUACACGUAAAAUGCGGAGAAGAAUAUCCUAAUGUUGAACCACAAAUAAUGCUAGAAAACAGCCGAGGCUUAUCAAACGAAUUAAUACGAUUAUUAAAGGAUGAAUUAAUAAAAUUAACAAAGGAACAAAAAGGUGAAGUGAUGAUUUUUGAAUUAACACAACAUGUAAAAACAUUUUUACAUUUACAUAGUUGUAAACAUGAGUACGAAAGCUUUUGGGAUGAAAUGUAUGGACGCCAGGAAAAACAAAAACAGCAGAUAUUACAAGCUAUGAAGAAAAAGGAAGAUCAAGAGAGACAAGAAAUGAAAAAUGAAAUACAACGGCGUAAAGAGAUGUUACGAUCUGAACCGAAAAUAAAACGUGAUCAGCGGCGUACAUCAGAGGGGGAUGCAUACAUGGUAAAUCCUGCUUUGGAGCGUACUCGUUCUUAUUCAAGAAAACGUUGCCAAAGUACUUCGGAGAGUAGUGACGGAUCACAUUGUGAACAUCGUGGCACAAAAUUAUUUUUGUUUACAAAUAAGGGAGAAAGACAAAUUUACAGGGGCCGGUGUAUAGGUCAUUCAGAACGUGGAAAUACCUUAUAUGCUGGUUUAGAUGUGACCACUGGUGAUAUGGUCACAGUAAACGAAUGGCAAUUUAAAAUCAAAACACACAGUCCUCGUGAUAUUGCAAGCCCACGUGACAUCAAUAACAAAUCUAAUUCUACAAAUUUUUUGGUAAAUGAUUUAUCACAGUGUAUGAAAUUUAUUGCAAACAUGGAACAUGAAUUGAAUUUUCUGACAAAAUUACGACAUCGUAAUCUUGUUAAUUAUUUAAAUAUCAAAUACGUUCAAGAAAAUGACAGUGUUAUGGUUUAUAUCCUACAGGAAUAUAUCAUUGGAAUUUCGGUAAAUUCAAUUUAUUUAAGUGAAAACUUUGCAAUGGAAUGUGACAUGUUGCGUUAUAUCGCUGAAGAAGUUUUAAAUGCAUUGGAUUUCUUACAUAAAAACAAUGUUUUACAUCGAGAUAUUAGAAGUUCAUGUGUUUUUAUUGAUAAAUUUGGUGUGAUUAAACUGUCAGAUUAUAGUUUAGAUCGACGAUUAUAUGAGUUUGGCAUACAUGUACAAAAUCAACAUAAAAAUUAUUCGAAGAAAACUGACGUUUACAAAUUUGGAUUAUUAUUGUUAUCUUUAAUGCGAGGUUAUUCAAUCGACGAGCACGACCAUGAAAAAUCACCAAAAAUUCCAGCUAAAUUACCAUUUGAAUUGCGUGAUUUUUUAAACAAAUGUCUCGCGCAAGAUGAACGUACCCGUUGGACAACAACUCAACUAUUAAAACAUAAUUUUAUUCGUGCGCGGAUGGAGCGAUGUUCACCAGCCAGAACUUUAGAUUCAACGCCAUCAGGUGCUAAAGAAUCUAACGAUGACUCGAAUUCAGCAGGAGAUGCGGAAGAUGACGAUGAUAGUGGUGAUAUACAAGGAUUCAUACCAAUUCAAAUUGGUGGACAAUCACGCAUUCAAAAUGAAUUUGAAAUAUUAAAAUGGCUAGGUCGUGGAGCUUUUGGUGAUGUUUUAAAGGUGAAAAAUCGUCUUGAUGGUGGUUGUUAUGCAAUCAAACGUAUCCGAUUGAAUCCAAGUAAUAAACAAUUGAAUAAGAAAAUUACAAGAGAAGUUAAAUUGUUGUCGCGUUUAAAUCAUGAAAAUGUUGUACGAUAUUAUAAUUCAUGGAUUGAAAGUGCUAUUAUGGAAACAGCUGCAUCAGAUGAUAAAACAAGUCCCGAAACUGUUGACGAUGAAUCAAUGGAUGUACCCAAGAAAAAAACAAACAAUGAUUUGAAAGGUUUUGUAGAUGAAAUGGAAAAAUUACCAAUAAAUUGUGGCGUUGAAUGGUCUAUUAGUUAUGAAAGUAAAAGUAAAAUAAAUCAAUCAGUGGAACCAUCAGAGUCAAGUGAUGACGACGAAUCAAGUGAUGAUGAUGAUGAUGACGAUUGGAGUUGUUUUGGACCAACUACUACUGCAAGUGCAAAUGAUUCAUCGGAUGGAAUUGAAUUUGAAAAAGAGAAUAUUAGCAGUGGAAACGAUUUGGAACAAUCAAUUAAUUCAGAUUUAAAAGCAAAUCCAAAAACUGUUAACAUGACACCAGAGAAAAUUAAUAGCAGUCAAAAUGGUCGAGAAAUACAAUUUAUGUAUAUUCAAAUGGAAUUUUGUGAAAAAAGUACUUUACGAACAGCAAUUGAUAAAGGCUUAAACAAAGACGUUGACCGCGUGUGGAGAUUAUUUCGAGAAAUUGUAGAUGGUUUAAGUCAUAUUCAUCAACAGGGUAUGAUUCAUAGAGAUUUAAAACCUGUAAAUAUUUUUUUGGAUUCUAAUGAUCAUGUCAAAAUUGGUGAUUUCGGACUGGCUACAUCGAAUAUUAUUCCAAAUUCUAGAUUAGCUGGCAUAAAUAAAAGUUCACAAGGCACUAAUGAUGGUUAUUAUUCAAUGGAAAUACAAAUAACGAAUAGCGGUGCGCACGGUGAUGGAAGUUUAACAGGCAAAGUUGGAACAGCACUUUAUGUAGCGCCGGAAUUAAAUACAAAAGCCAGUAAAGCAAUUUAUAAUCAGAAAGUUGAUAUUUAUAGUUUAGGUAUCAUUUUGUUUGAAAUGGCCUAUGCACCUUUACCAACGGCAAUGGAACGUGUUCAAGUACUAGCAAAUUUACGUACCAAACAAAUUACAUUUCCGCCAGAUUUUUCCGAAAAUCAUUAUGCAAGAUAUGUUACUGUUAUUAGGUGGCUUUUGAAUCAUGAUCCCAGUCAACGACCAACAGCUCAAGAAUUGUUACAAUCUGAACACAUACCACCACCGCAAAUUGAAGAAAGUGAACUACAAGAUUUAUUACGAAGAACCCUUGCUAACACACAAAGUAAGGCCUACAGAUAUUUGAUAGCAUCAUGUUUUGAUCAAGAUGUAACACCAGCAGAAGACAUUACAUAUGAUAUGAAUAAUCCAAAGAAUACAGUACAAACGUUAGAUUUAGAUCAUCGAUCAUGUACUGCUAUUGAUAAAUCAUUAUCAUUAAUUGAAAAUGUAAAAGAAGUUGCGAUAAAAAUAUUUAAGUUACAUGGUGGUGAAUGUUUGUCAACGCCACUCUUACUACCUAAGUCUAAAUAUUAUGAUGGGAUUGAUUCGUGCGUUAAAAUGAUGACACGAUCUGGAAGUAUUGUUUCUAUUCCACAUGAUCUCAGGGUACCAUUUGCACGCUACGUUGCACGUAAUAGUAUAAACUUAUUUAAACGUUACUCAAUUGAACGUGUCUAUAGAGAACGUAAAAUCUUGGGUUUUCAACCACGUGAAUUAUAUGAAUGUGCAUUUGAUAUAAUUACACCCAAUUCUGGCAAUUUAAUUGCUGAAGCUGAAUUAUUAUCAAUUGUAUAUGAAUUAAUACAAGAAUUUCCAACGUUGCGUAGUAAAAACUUUUCGAUACGAUUAAAUCAUACAUCAUUAUUACGUGCUGUAUUAUUACAUAGCGGUAUUGAGAAAGAAAAACAUAACGAUAUUUAUUCAAUAUUAGCAGAUGCACGGGAUGGAAAAUUAUCCAAAUUUCAAGUACAAACACAUUUAAUUAGUUUAUGUUUAACUGAUCAAGCGAUGCUACAUGUUGUAUCAUUAAUGGAUUCGGAAAUGACAUUGAAAAAUGCAACAACACAUUUGCGUGGUUUAUUGAAACGUAAAGGUGAAGUUGGGAUCUUAGCGAAACAAGGUUUAAAUGAUUUAGAAACAAUUAUACAAAAUACCGAAAAUUUAGGAGUUAAGUGUAAUAUUGUAAUUGCACCAGGCCUUGUGUACAAUGUACAUCAAUACUCAGGAAUGAUGUGUCAAUUUGUUUGUGAAUUAAAAAAGAAACGUAGAAAAGGUGGUAUGGAAGUAUUAGCUGCUGGUGGACGUUAUGAUGCUAUGCUAAAUAAUUUUAGAUCAAUAUUAGGUCGAACAGGUAUGUUGUCACGUGAUGUACAUCAAUCUGGCGCUGGCAUUUCAAUAUCUUUAGAUAAACUAGUUCAAGCUUUACAAGAGGAACAACAUGAUACUGAUAAUAAUAAUAUUGAUGUGUUAGUCUGCGCGAUUGGUUCAAAACCAAUGAUCAAAGAAAAAUGUACGGUGUUAAGAGAUUUAUGGUCAGCUGGUAUACGAUGCAGUUUAAUAGAUACAAAUAGUUUGGAUGAGAUUGAAGAACAAAGUCGAGAAUUGAAUGUAACACAUAGCAUUAUUUUAAAAGAAAAUGAACAAGGUUCAGUAUUAAUACGCAGUUGGGAACGGGAUAGAUUUCAAGAACGUAAAGUGUCUACAUCUGAUAUUAUUGAAUUUAUGCAACGUUUAUUAAAAACAUGGAAUGAUUCAAAUUCUACAGAUUCCUCACUAGCCAAUAAUAUGUUAUCUAGAUCUGAAAGUCGUACAUCGUCCAUAAGCAGUAACAGUAAUGAUGUAUCACCGGCAAAUGUUUUACCGAACACAAUUGUACGAUUUAUUACCACUGAGAAAUUAGCAUCAAAUGCAAGACGAAGAUAUGAAAACCAAAUUAUGACACAAUUGAGUACAAAAUUACAACGAUUAUCAGGCCGUUGUCGUGUUGAAAUACUGGCAUUAAAUAUUGAAAGUGCUGUUAUUCGUACAAUGAUUUCGUACAUUGAUAUUGAAAUGGAGUCCAAUUCUAAUUAUCAAAAAAUGUUUUCUUCUAUAAUUGAAAAACAUCCAAGACAUAAAAAAUACCUGACAGAAAUUUGCGAUUAUUUAUAUGAAUUAAACUUAGAGAAGAAUCAUCAAAUAAUUGUUCUUUACAGUUUGAUUGAAUCAUAUUAUAAAAUGAUUUUAUGA